GGGGGGGCGACUUGGAGACAAUUAACUUCAUGAUGAGAGAACGAACCUGGGUUUAGGAUUCAAAGACAAGGUUGCAGCCACACCCCUCCCCCCUCUGUGUCCCAUUGGCUGCUGUUCCCCAGGGGGUGGGACUCAGUAUGGGUUAAGAGCUGUGAGGCCAGACUGAGAGGACAGUGAAGCCUGACACACUCCACCCGCCGCACAGAGGUCAUGGCGGGCCUGAGGAGGAAGCUGAAGUUUCUGGUGACGUUGAUGACGGUCAAUCUCUUCAUCUUCAUCCUAGUGUUCCACGGAGGAGGAGGAGGACAGGACAAGGGACACAACAAGGUCCUUGUCCCCUCCAAGCGCUUCUGGUCCAAACUGGCUCCUAGUCAGGCCUACUGGAACCGUCAGCAACAGAGACUGGACCUCCAACACAACCCCAUCCUCGCCUCCUCCAAUAGUAACAACACUAGCGAUGAUGAUGUCAGACCUGUCCCUGAUUGGCUCAACGACACGGGGCUGAACCCUGACCCGUGCCAACCGGAUUACAGAGUCACCACUCACGUGAAAGACUACAAUUCCCUACCUCCUCGUUUUAAAGACUUCCUGCUCUACAUGCGCUGUCGGUCGUACCCUCUAGUGGUGGACCAGCCUCACGUCUGCCAAAAGACCCGGAGAGGGGAGCCGCCCUUCCUCCUACUGGCUGUCAAAUCCCUCGCUCCUCACUUUGACCGCCGCCAGGCCAUCCGCCAGUCGUGGGGUCGAGCCGGCGUCCUCGCCAACCGGACGGUUGUCACGGUGUUCCUGCUCGGCAACACCACGGCCGUGGACCACCACCCAGAUCUGUCGGAGAUGCUGCGCUAUGAGAACGCUCACCACCGCGACAUCUUGCAGUGGGACUACCGGGACUCGUUCUUCAACCUGACCGUCAAGGAGGUGCUCUUCCUGGACUGGAUGACCACACGCUGUCCUGGAGUUCAGUUCGUCUUUAAAGGGGACGAUGACGUCUUUGUCAAUACGUUGAGGAUCCUGGCCUUCCUCAAGGGCCUCACGGGGCCCCGGGCAAGGGACCUGUUUGUAGGGGAUGUGAUCACCAACGCGGGGCCGAACAGGGAUAAAAAGGUGAAGUACUUCAUCCCAGAGAGUUUGUUCGUUGGCAAGUACCCGCCAUACGCAGGCGGAGGGGGGUAUCUGUACUCCGGGGACCUGGCCAGGCGGCUGCACGGAGCCUCGCAGCACGUACCUCUCUACCCCAUCGACGACGUCUACACAGGGAUGUGUCUGAGGAAACUGGGGCUGGGCCCGGAGAAGCAUAAAGGCUUCAAGACGUUUGACAUUGAAGAGAAGUACAGGAGGAACCCGUGUGCCUAUAAGGGUCUGAUGCUGGUACACAGCCGGACACCGCAGGAGAUGAUCCAGAUCUGGGCCUGGCUCAAUGACCCCAACUUGACCUGUCAGUAACUUCCCAGCCCGUCUCCAUUUUGAUUUCAGAAACCGGGGACAACAGGUGUCGGUGGCCAUUUAUGAUUUGAGCUGUCAGUAACCAGGGAAGGUGACUUAAACUGUCGGUAACUGCCUGGACCAGACACCACGACAGGCGGCCAUUUUGUUAUGCUGGU